AUGAUGCUCAAACGCGAUAUCAAGUGGAACGUGUUUGCAAUGUUUGAUGUACAUUCAUCGACUGGGUGGCGCGUCUGGAAGCUCGGGAACGACAGCAAGUCCAAGGAAGCAGCGACCAACGUGUCCACUCACAAACAUCGCUCUGGGCGAAAGCAACGCUACACCAUGGACGACAUUGAACAACGCAUCAAAGGAACUCCUCUUUACCGCCGCCAAUCUCAACGCUCGCUCGCCAAAGUCACUGGUCUAUCGCAAUGGUCAAUUUGGGACUUCAUUCGCAAGAAGUGGAUCACUCGCGUGCUUGUGCUUCCUGCGAUCAAAAGGCAGUGUGUUUGCGCAAAUGAUGACACGGACGGCACAAUAUACGUACAGCAUGACAACGCCCGGCUGCACAUUUCCGUUGACGACGCUGGUUUUGCCGCUGCUGCCGCUUCUGGUGGUUGGAAGAUCAAGUUGACAUGCCAGCCUCCCCAGUCGCCGGAUCUGAAUAUACUCGACCUUGGGUUUUUCAACUCUGUUCAGUCUCUUCAGCAGCAGAUGGAGUGCCGAUCAAUGGCGGAACUCAUCCACGCAGUUGACGAUUCUUUCAAGUAA